AUGAACGUGACUGAGGAAUUGAUGGCGACGGCGGCGGCGGCGGCGCAGUGCCCAGCAAAGCCGCCAGUGUACCUGGUGUCCAAGUUUGAAGGGGAAUUCACUUGCACGGCGGCGCUGGUGUAUGUGGUCAAGUUCUGGUGGCUGCCCUGGGUGUCGGUGGCGCUGUACUUGGCGUCCGUGGCGCUGGGCAUGCGGCUCAUGAAGGCCAGGGGCAAGCCGUUUGACUUGCGCAACGCCCUGGUGGCCUGGAACACCGGCCUGGCCGUCUUUUCCAUUUGCGGCUCCCUGAGGAUGGUGGCCCUGCUGGAGCUGGUCUAUGACAAGGGCAUGCGGUUUGCUCUCAUGCACGAGGGAUACGCCCAGUGCCGGGGCCAGUGCAUGUGGGCCAUCCUGUUCCUGCUGUCCAAGUUCGUGGAGCUCGGCGACACGGCCUUCAUCGUGCUCCGUCGCCGGCCCGUCACCUUCCUCCACGUCUACCACCACUCCACCGUCCUCGUCUUCACCUACUGGAUGGGCUCCAUCACCACGUCCGGCCUCCUGCCCCAGUACAUGGCCAUCAACUACUUCAUCCACAGCAUCAUGUACUCGUACUACGCCUGCAUGGCCUACGGGAUCCGCGUGCCCAAGCCCAUCGCCAUCGGCAUCACGUGUGCCCAGAUUGCUCAAAUGUUCUACGGGGUCUACGUCACGGCUGCCUUCUACCAGUACACCAAGGCCACGGGCAUGCCGUUGGAGUUGCGAGUGGCGUGUUGCGUGUAUGCCUCGUACGCCCUGCUCUUUAUCCGGUUCUUUGUCAACGCGUAUCUGAGGAACAACGGCAGGCUGACGAGUGCUGCUCUUGGCAAUAAUAGUAAAAAUAAUGGUGUCGUUACUAUGAACAAUAAUAAUAGUAAGAAGACUGCUGCUGCUGCUGCUGGUGAGGGGAAGACGAAUCAGGUCAACGGCACGUGGAAGGUGGCCAUUGUGAACGGGAAUAAGAAGGCGCAGUAG